AUGUGGUGGAACUCUUCUGUUGACAAAAUCAUUGCUAGAGAAAGACUAGAGAAACUAUCUAAAUCUUUGUUCGAGAGACAGCGAAAGACCAGACACAACAGGAAACGUUUAAUGAAAGGGGUUAAGUUUAACGAAAGUCCUCAUGGAACUGAUACUAUAGCAGAAGAUUAUGAUCAUGAACGUAAACCUGUGCUAUUGGAAAAUGGAUAUUAUGAUGAAGGUGAUCCGAUGUAUGAAUGCACGCACUGCAAAGCAAGGAUGUGGAAAGAGAAACCAAAGUUCUGUCAGCUGUAUAUCCAUGAUACAGCUAAUGAGAUAACAAACAAAGAGAAAUCAAUCAGCAAGAAUGUCUCUAGCUCGACCAAGUUAAGGCCGGCGUUAAUUGAAUGUCUCAUGAAGAUGUUAAACUUUUGUAAUCCAAUGGUGAAAGCUUUCCGUUCUUACAAAGACAGAUACAAUAUUCAACAACCAGAAGACAAUGUCAAGUUAGUUCUCAUUGCUAACAGGAAUAAAGAUGCUAGAACACAUAACAUGCCAACUUCCACAGAAGUCGCAGCCUUGAUUCCUGGGGAUUUUCAAGAAGGAAUGGAUAUACGAGAUAUUGUAUUAGAGACUAAACAUGGAAACCUCAGAAGAAUUAGUGAACUAUAUGUGGGUUAUCUAGCUCUUCAGUAUCCAUUAUUAUUUCCAUAUGGUGAGGAUGGAUUCACUGUUGGUAUUGAAGACGGUUUUGAUGAUGGCAACAAACGGAAACGGAAAACUAUAAGCAUGCGAGAAUUCUAUGCUUAUAGAAUUCAAGAUAGGUUCAUGGAAUCUCAGUCAGUCAUUCGGUCUAAACGAUUGUAUCAGAAGUUUCUGGUUGAUGUGUUUACUAUGAUAGAGUCUAGCCGACUUCGAUAUUUCAGGAACAAUCAGAAGAAGCUUCGUUCAGACAAGUAUAUGAAUCUGGUUGAGGCUGAAAAGGAAGGAACCUCUAGUUUAUCCAACAGAGAAAAAGUGUUUGUGGUAUGUAUACUAGGACUUCCACAUGCACAUAUCCUACUAUGGAUGGCAGAAAAAAGAAAAUUGUCUACUACUGAAUCUAUUGAUAAAGUUAUUUCUGCUGAGAUUCCUGACAAAGAUACUGAUCCGGUUUUGUAUGAAGUAGUGAAGCAGAACAUGAUACAUGGACCUUGCGGAGUGAUUAACAAAAGUAGUCCAUGUAUGGCAAGGUCAAUCAAAUUCCUUUUCAAAUGUAUCAACAAAGGACCUGAUCGUGUUCUAGCUACUAUUGAACAUGAUGUAAAUCAAAGUGCAGAAUCUGUAGCAUGCGCAAAUGUAGAUGAAAACGGCGAGGAUAAUACUGAUGAAAUUAAGGAGUACUUCGAUUGCAGAUAUGUUUCUGCAUGCGAAGCUACAUGGUGUUUGCUGGCAUUUCUAAUCCAUUUUAGGACGACUCUAGUGGAGAAACUCUAUUUUCAUCUUGAAAACGAGCAAUCAGUACUUUUUGAUGAUGAUGAUCCAGUUGAAACUGUUCUAAAUCGCAGGUCCGUACAGAGCUCAACGUUUUUAGCAUUUUUUGAAGCUUGCAAUAAGUAUCCAGAAGCUGAAAACCUAACAUAUGCUGAGUUUCCUACAAUGUUUGUUUACGAUCGUACAAAUAUUGAAUGGAAACCAAGGCAAGAGAAGAAUAGGUUAGCAGUUGGUAGAAUAACCUAUGUACCUCUGAAAUGUGGCCAAUUGUACUACCUUCGUGUUUUACUCAACCGACACAAAUGUCCUAAGGGGUUUGAUGAUUUGAAGACAGUUGAUGGUGUUUUACAUCCUACAUACAAAGAUGCGUGUUAUGCAUUGGGUUUCCUAGAUGAUGAUAGAGAAUAUAUAGAUGGGAUUAAUGAAGCAAGCAUGUGGGGUUCUGGUGACUUCCUUCGAAAACUGUUCUGCGUUAUGCUAUUGACUGAUAGCCUAAUUAAUCCAUUUGGAGUUUGGGAAGAAACUUGGAAUUUGCUAUCUGAUGAUAUUCUUUACAGAAGAAUAUUAUUUGAAAACAAUCCAGAGGGUGAUUACAACACAGCUGGUAUCAAUAGGUUAAUAUACGAUGAAAGAAACUAUGAUAGAGAGGAAAUGAAGGCUAUCAUAGAACGAAUGGUUCCUGGUUUAACUGACGAGCAGAUGAAUGUCUACACAGAGAUCAUGGAAGCUGUCACAGAAGAUAAAGGGAAAAUAUUUUUCUUAUAUGGGUUCGGUGGUACUGGAAACACUCAUUUAUGGAAACUACUGUCUGCUGCUGUUCGUGCUAGAGAUGAAAUUGUUUUGAAUGUUGCAAGUAGUGGAAUAGCAUCUCUGUUAUUGCCUGGUGGUAGAACCGCACAUUCCCGUUUCGGUAUACCAAUAAAUCCAGAUGAUGACAAUACUUGCAAUAUUCAACCUGGAACAGACUUAGGGAACUUAGUUGCUGAGUCAUCUCUUAUCAUAUGGGACGAGGCACCUAUGAUGAGUAAAUAUUGUUUUGAAAGUUUGGAUCGUACUAUGCGCGAUAUUAUUAAGCGUCAUAAGGAAAAACCAUUUGGAGGAAAAGUUGUUGUGUUUGGUGGUGAUUUUAGACAAAUUUUGCCUGUUAUCAGUGGUGGAGGAAGGGAAGACAUUGUUAUGGCUUCUAUUAAUUCGUCAUAUUUAUGGGAUGAUUGCAAGGUGCUCAAGCUUACAAAAAACAUGAGGCUUUUGGCUAAUCUUGAUGAAACCGUAGCAGAGGAAAUCAAAUCAUUUUCAGAAUGGAUUCUUAAAGUUGGCGAUGGUAAAAUUAAUCUACCAAACACAAGAGAAGUUAUGAUUGACAUUCCUGAUGAACUUCUACUAAAAGAAUAUGAUGAUCCCAUUAAAUCUAUUGUCGAGAAAGUUUAUGGUUUAAGUUUUGAAGAGCAAACCGAUCCUCACUUUUACCAGGAAAGGGCUAUUUUGUGUCCGACGAAUGACGAUGUAUGCCUCAUCAACGAGUACAUGCUUUCUAUGUUGACAGGUGAGGAGAAGACUUAUCUAAGUUCUGAUUCUAUAGAUCCAUCUGAUACAUCUAACCAGGAUAGCAGAGUAUAUACUCCUGAUUUCUUGAAUAAUAUAAAGUUGUCUGGUCUUCCUAAUCAUUCUUUUGAGAUUAAGAGUAAGAACACCAGUUAUGCUAUUAAGGAAUAUAGAUCCAAAGGCUGGUUUGUGCAAUGGGACAAGGCUACAAAUCACCCAAUUAGCUGA